UUAAGACUGGAUUUAAAUACAUCCAAGAACAGGAUGGAUUUGUAAAUAAAAAAGAAAAUUUUUAUUAUAUAGACAACAUAAAAUUGUAACUCGAAAUAAAAAAAUAUCUUGGAAGGAAAAUCUUAAGUUGCUAUUACCGGGAUGAUUAAUGACUAAAAUAAAGCUUAAUACAAUAGGGAUUGAAUAUAUAAAACGAAUUGAAAUAAAUAUCCAAAAUUUACUUGCUGCUUAUCCUUUCAGCAUGUUAUUCUUAACAAUGACUACAAACAUUUUAUGGCUCGUUCACCAACUUCCAGCAAUGAUUGACCUUUAACCUAAGAAAAGAAAAAGAAAAUCAAAUCUUCCUUUUCAAAAUGAAUGAAGAACAAGAGAUGGAUAUUGAAACAAAUUACUCGACUUCAGUUCCUGGGCUCGAAGCGAGCUUUGAUACCGAGAAAAUGAACACCACAUAUUAUGAACAAGAUUUCAGAAGGCCAUCUCUAAGUUUACCUGAAGAGGAACACAAUGACACUGUGUAUGACCAUGAUAUAGCAGAAACCCCUUCAGCAGCACCAGAAGAGCCUGCUAAGGACACCCCGGAAACGAACCAUGUAAAUACAGAUAAUACGCUGGAAAAGAGAGACAAGAAAUUCGAAAGUGUCACUUCGAAUGCCGUGAUUGACAAGUAUGGACGACUUGCUGAUGGUUUAGAGUACAAGGCUAGAACGUUUUGCUUAAAUGGAAGAGGUGAUGUAUUGUAUAUGCUUGGAACAGAAUGUGCAAGGAUCCUUGGAUUCAAGGACAGUUAUUUUAUGUUUCAUAAAACCCCGAAUUUACGUAAGAUUUCAACGAGCCAGGCCGAAAGAGACCAGCUCGUUUAUAUGGGAAUACUCGCUCAAAAGUAUCGCUUUCGUCAAUUGAGCAUUGUUCCUGCAAGACAAGUCUUUCUUGCCUUUGGCCCUAAAAUAUUGCUGAAAGGGACUGUUGAUCCCCAGCUUCAUAAGGAUCUUUGGGAUGCUAAUUGGUCAUGGGCAGACGAGGAAUUUUCUCAUUUAGAUAACUCUAUGCUCAGUAGUACUCGGUCUUCUUCCGUGAAACCUGAAACAAGUUCAAUGGAUCAAACAAUGUCUGGUUUUGGAGAGAAUUUUCAAGAGAAAUAUUCCCUUGCUUUAAUGAAUGAUGUAUCGAAUUAUAACACAUCUUUAGGGAAAAUGAGGAACUUUAGACGAGAUGCACUUCGCUAUUAUUAUCAUGAAGCUCGCUCUUCAAAGACAAAUUCAUAAAUGUGCCCGACUAAAAGGUUUGAUGAUUGACUGCCCCUUUGGUUUUUUAUUCUUUUUUAAAUUACUAUUUGUAUAUUACGUUGUAUUUAGACUUUGAAUCAGCAUACUAAUGUUCUGUUGAUGUUUAAAAAAAAAUCCUGAAUUAGACUUCUUAUUACUAUUUACA